ACGAGUCUCACCGAUUAGACUCUUAAUCUCACGUCCAAUCUUUACUUUGUGUAGUACUUUACUCGUUACGCCUUUGAGUUUUAUUUCAUUUCCCUACUUUCUUUUCUUACGCGCAUAUACUCGCUGAGAGGGAUGGCGGAGAAACAACCAGAGAUUAAAGUAAACGACAGAGGCGCAGAGCUGGAUCCAAACGGGAUACCCUACUAUAAGUGGCCGCCAUUCCCUGAGCCUCCUACCGGGGUGACCAUCAUUCCAUUCAAGGACUUCAAACCGUCCGGAAUAAAACUUCCCCUAAAUGACGACAUCGAAGUAGAUAGUUUGGGAAUUCCAACAGUUCGCCUACCAGUUACACAUGACAACGAAGGCGUUCCGAAAAAAAAGAGAAAAAUUAAGAAGACUACCAGUGGCAAAGAAGUGCUGCGAAGAAACGUGUGGUGGGAAGAGUGGGAAGAAGGCGAGGCGCAGAGGAUUCGAAGUGCUAAAAUUUACGACCAGAUGUCCCAUCCAAAGGCUCGUUUAUCUCGUGCAGUCGAGGAGUUUAAACAGGUCCAUGACUGGGAGCCAAUUUCGCUGCGUCUUUACGAAUGGUAUUUCAAAUUCAUGUAUUUCGUUGGUCUUAACGAUUUCAGUAUUCGCCCAAAAUACCGCAGAAUGCAAAAUAAAAAUCAGGAUGACGAGGGGAGCGACGAUGAUGUUCCUUCGAAGCCAUUCGAAGGUUCAGAGUCUCAGCCAGUCAAGAUUGAAUCAUUCGAUGACAGGAAACAUAAAUUGGGAGAAAGAUCAACGCCCUUGGAUCCCGACGAGCGUCUACAGCAAAGGAUUGAACGUGUCAGAGAGCUACAAGAGUGUCGGGUUGAAGCUUUUAUAGAAAACCCUCAUCUAGCUACUAAAAUUUUCUUCUCGUCUUACUUUCGCGACUGCGGGAUGAUGUGGGAGAGAAUGGCAUUGCGCGAUGCACCACGCAUUAUCGAGUUCUUUCUGAAUUAUCUUUUAGGAACUCGUGCUUUAUAUGAGGAAGAGCCGUCUCUUAAGCGCGCCCUUGAAGUUGCAAGGAGAGCAAAAGAGGAAUUACCGUUAACGAUGCAAAUUGGAGUCAAUAUUCCCGAUGAACUUGCCAAAUGUCUCACGGCAAUAUAUGGUAGUCGAGUCAAACAAGUAACGUGGUCGUUCGAUCUAGAUCAGGAGAACUCGGAGCCACAGGAGGACUCAGCGACACAAUUCAAAGCUGAAGUAGAAGAAGGUGGUGGGAUUAUCAUUUCAGACAUGGUUUCCGGACCAGCUGGGACUGCAAGUGCUAGCGGUGAGGAAGCAAAUGAAGCUGGACCUCCUUUGUCGGAGAAAACUAGUAGCUGGGGUGCCGAUAAUACCGGAGGUACUGGAGGUUGGGGUGCUGGGUCGACAACUGGCGAGCAAGACCAAGAGGGAGGAUGGGGUGAUAAUUCGUGGGCACAGCCGGAGGAGACACAAACAGGGAAUCCAUGGGCCGAUCCUGAUGAACACUCUUUGAUGAAACUCCUUGGACCGACCAGUCUCCCUAUCACGCACACUGUUGGGUAUGUCGAAGAGUCAACUCGCUACGUCUCGAGUGUCGAGCUUCCCAAAACGAACGAGAAGUCCGAGAAUGAAGGAGAAGGAACAAUGACCUCAAGCGAUCUAUUCCGCCAGUUCGCAAAGGUAGUUCUCAACCCCUACCCGACGUUCGCAGCACCAAGUGCGCCCCGUGCGGCGAUCCAGCCACCAGAGCUGAUCGAGGAUCCAUGGGCAAGGAUAUCUUCUGAUAACACCGAUUCAAGUGCUGCCAAACCCCGCAUUCCACGCCACGACCCUGCCAAAGACAGUAUCACCAUGCUCAUCGACCCCAAAGUCGCCAAGGAUCUCGCCUUGGGAAAGAGAAUGGGUCUCGGCGGGACUUUCGUGCAGAUCAUACCCAAUUAUGCUGCUGAUACUGCUUCCGUCGCGCCCCCGGAUUGUGGGGAAGGGCAGGAUAAGGGGUGCGACGUGCAGAUCAGCUCCCGUGGGAGUGGACGCACUGGAAAGAAGGGUCGUUCUUCUGAAGAAGACACAUUCUGGUAUGCAGAGAAAAUCUUACAGAUCCUUCCGAGCUUCUGGACCGAGAAACAGGAGUGAAGGGAAAUCACUUCAUCCGCCUUUCUCGGCACUGAC